ACGGGUUGUGUGCUGCAGUUGUUUGGUCUUACUGAACAUUGAAGAGAAAUCAUUUUGCUUUAUAUGGGCUGUGUCGAAGUAUUGCAAUCCAUGAGGUCACUUGAUUUCAAUACAAGAACCCAAGUCACAAGAGAAGCAAUAAGCAGAGUGUGUGAGGCUGUGCCAGGUGCAAAAGGAGCCAUGAGAAGAAGAAAGCCUCCCAGCAAAGGGUUGUCUACAAUCUUGGGGAAGAGUAACCUCCAAUUUUCAGGAAUGAACAUCAUAAUGAGCAUCUCUACACGCAGUCUCAACUUGACGCUCCCACAUUCCAAACAGAUCAUCGCCAACCACCACAUGCAGUCAAUCUCAUUCGCCUCUGGAGGCGAUCCAGACACAACUGAUUAUGUUGCUUAUGUUGCCAAGGACCCAGUAAAUCAAAGAGCCUGCCAUAUUCUAGAGUGUUCUGAUGAUUUAGCCCGGGAUGUUAUAAAUACCAUAGGAAAAGCAUUUGAACUUCGUUUUAAACAAUACUUGAAGAAUUCACCUGUAGUUAUUACGCCUAAUGAAAGAAGACCAGGCCUUGCAAUAUGGAACGUGGAGGGUGAUGAAGAUCAGAACCAUGGAUACUACAAUGAAACAGCAGGUAAACUAGCACCACCUGGAAGUCCACAAAAUGCAAAAGUAAAGAAGGACGCAGCAGCCUACAGUAAUAACAGCCAAAUAAAAAAAGAUGGAGACUUUUUGCAGACUGCUAGCCCAUCAUCUGUUACUACUUAUGAAAAUUAUUCAGACCCACACAAAGAAACCUUCAUUAUGGCAGGCAAUUCAUGGACUAGAUUUCCACAAACUAAUAGAAAUAUUCUGCCAAUCAAAGCCAUCAGCAGGUCUGAUCUUUUUGAUGAUCCAUCUUACAUGAACACCCAGCAUGUGGAAAAACCCACUUCUUCUGCCAGGACUGGAACUUCAGGCCAGAUCUUUGAUAACAUGUGCAAAGAUGUAUAUGACCAAAAACAAGCCGACAUUGCAACAGUCAACAGUGCUACAGCUGUCCCACUGUCUACUACCUUGUCUUCCAUGAGAGAGCAGCUGGCAAAGGAAGUCUGGUACCAUGGAAGAAUGAGCAGACAGGAAGCUGAAAGGCUGCUGAUAAAAGAUGGUGACUUUCUGGUGCGGGAAAGCGUAACCACACCAGAACAAUAUGUACUGACUGGGUUGCAGGGAGGACAAGCUAAGCAUUUACUACUGGUGGACCCUGAAGGCUUGGUGAGAACAAAGGACUGCAUAUUUGAUAGUGUCAGUCACUUGAUCAGCUACCACAUGGACAACCAACUGCCAAUCAUCUCAUCAGGAAAUGAACUCUAUCUUAAAAGAACUGUCUAAAAUGAACAUUAAGCAACUUGGACAAAGAGAGUUUGCUUACAGAUACAGCCAUUUGCACUUGCCUGGAUAUUUUGGAAAGCUGGCUGUAGAGUUGUUUUCAAAAAUGUAAAAGAAAAUAUAGGCUGCAAUGGUCACAAUCACUUUGUACUUCAGACUUGGUGUUUGCUACAAGAAGAUAAUUUUAAUGUGUCAAUGUAUAUAAUAUUUUAGGAAAAUAUAUGAAGAAAUAAGUGUAGUUACAUACUAUGUGAAUGUUUUUCUUUAUUUCUAAGCACAAAUGGCAUUGAGAACAUGCAGAAGUCAAUCCUAAUGAACUACAGAUCAUAAAAACGUGCCUUGAUUCCAAAGAGAUUACAGGAUAUGAAGAAGCUCCUCUUUUCCAAAUGAUUUUAUAUGCUGGAUACUGCAAAUAAAAUCACUUGUUUGGAACCUGUUUCACUACCUUUGCACCAGAAUUCUGGGAAGCAAAAACAUUUAGGAAGUGGAAUGGAGCUUUAGUAAUGCUUUUGCUCUGUACCAAUGCAGUUUGCAUUUUGAGUUCCAAUUUCCCACAUUGCUUUGAAAAGCACUUUAUCAAUGUGGGGCUUUACUGCUUUCCUUUAUUUGUGAAACGUUAAAAGAUCUGUCACAAAUACGCACUUAUCUAUGUGUGUGGGUGUGUAUAUAUAUCAAAUAAAUACAUUUCUAAAAGAAAAUUGAUUUUUCAUUCCAGUUAUGUUUACUAGUGUACUAAAGCUGUUGGGGGAAAAUAAAUUUUGCAGGAUCAGACAAAUCUUUUCAUAGAUAAUUUUAGAUAUAGACUUAAUUCUAUAAGUUUACCUACUUGUUGUAAUAUUGUGAAUAGUAAUGAGAAAAUUAGAAUUUCAGAAGCAGAAUGAUAUUUUUAAUAUUUUUGGCUAGGUUUCCACACAAGUAUAAUAUACAUGCAACAAUUAUUUUCAUCCUUGCAUCAAAGCAUGGCAUGAUGGAGAUUUUACUGUUCUUCUCCCAUAUCUGUCACAGUCUAACUUGGUGCCAGAUUUCAAAGAACAGAUACAAGAUAUUUCCAUUGCAUGAUAACUCCACCUAAUUGAAACAAACUUAAAGAAAAUCAGUUAAAGUAUUUUUAAUGCUUGAAAAAUUGUGAAUUGUGCAUGACUUCUAAUGCAGUAUCAUUUGUAAAUAAAUUUUGCAGCUCUGCUGUGCACUGGUGAAGAAUAAAAAGUUAUUUUGUUCACUGCUA